GGGUUUGUGGGCAAAGGCCUGGCAUACGAAAGUGGCAGACAGGUACCCUGAGCCACCUCGCGGAUCGCAAGAGCCAGUUUCCACCACACAGCCUCGGCAGAAGGAGGGGAGCCAGAGGAAAGCCGAAGCGGAAUGUAGUGUGGCCGAGGUCUGGCUCAAGGGCCCCAAGACGAACGAGUGAAGUGUUGUGUGUGUGUAUGUGUGUGUGAGAGAGAGAGAGAGAAGUCCAAGCUUGGACUUGAAGAAGUAGUAGAAGAAGUGGAGCCUCUUCUCAAGGGCUUUCAAAAGACUGCCUGAGGUGUUACAAUAGAUCUGCCUGGCCUCUCCUCCUCCUCCUCCUCAUCCUCCUGGCCCUGUGACCUUCAUCGUGCCGUUGGAAUAUGGUUUUUGCAAAACGUAAAACAUCUGAAAAAUCGAAUCAGUUUACAUAGUUCUUCCGUAGUUCAGUCUUGAACAGAGUGCUUGUGUAAGGCAACUUUCGCGACCAGAUCUUUUCGACGGGAGGUUUACCUGCUUCUUUUAACAAAGAUGCGCCUCGGACUGUUGUUGUGGGCAAUAAUAUCCACGAUGGGUGUGGGAAACAGCGCCAGCGGUUUUGUCGUGGAGACCCCGGAUCCGACGACGACCUCCUCCGCCCCAAAUAAUCUAGACCUCGACAAGAAUUUCGUCCACGCAGAGGAACUGCUGGAAAAAUAUGGGUACCUCAGCUGCGUGCCCCCUGGCAGUGAAAGCAACACCCACCUACACCGCCUUCUGCUGCGUCGAUUAGGGCCCACGUCUUACUCCCAGACAAACCAACCUCUGGAUUUCAGAUUACCCUCUAUUUCCUUUACCUCCUCUUCCUCUUCCUCUUCCUCCUCCUCCUCCUCCUCUUCCCCCUCCUUGUAUCCAGUCUUACCCCCUCCUCCCCAGAAAUCCACGAGCGCACCCAUCGACAAGAAGAACUGGCGAGAGGCCCACAUGAACUACGUCUGGAAAAUGAGGCUCCAGGCCUUAGGCCUUACCAAGACGGCGCCCUUUCCGGGGCACCGCUACCUGAGGGGUUCCUUCGACGAGAGAAAUUUCGUGGCUGUUGAGGACCCCGACGACAGGUCCACGCAUUAUCUGCCCGUCUGCACGACAGAGGAGAUUCAAAAGGCGAUACAGAAUUUCCAGGAAACUUAUCAGGUCGGUAUAGAAAACGGAGACCUGGACACCCCAACAUUAGCCAUGUUAUCCAAACCCCGGUGUGGCAACCCAGAUAACCCCAUGCCCGAAGGAUCGCAGCAGCAGCAGCAGCAACCCUUCGCGGCAGAUAAAACCCAGAGACGAAAAUACAGCAGCAGCAGCAGCAGCGAAGCGACUGAAUUCCUCCAAAGAAAACGAAGAAGUUUAACGCUGCCUGAAGGCGUGAAAAAUAGUGAAGCAGUUGCAAUAGAAGAUGGAAAUGCCUCUUUGAAAAAUAAAGAGCUAAAUCCAGUAGUUGAAGCCAGCACUGCCGUACCUGAUCAAGAAUACCUUCGAUACAAGGCCCUGGAGCUUCGUGAAGAAGCCAGGUCUCGCCAUCCGCCUGUCGAGCAACAUGUCGAGUGGGAACCACAUCCAGAGGUAGGAGCCGUUUCAAAGACAUCCCCCCUACUACUGCUAAUACUCGAAGCAGCGAAAAGACGGAGACGAUGGGUGAAGGACCUGGUGGAGAAGAUACACUCGGGAGAAGAAGACGCCCGACUUGCUGCCAUAACGCCGCACCUGUUGGCAAAACACAGAAAUAAAAGAUCAACGUAUUCUAAUCCUGGGGAACAGUUCAAUCAGGACCUGAUCACGUGGCGCCUGGUCAACACCGGCUACAGCUCGCAGCUCGGGAGGGGCGAGCAACGGGCGUCGCUGGCCCUCGCCUUCAGGAUGUGGUCGGAGGUCAUCCCCAGGGUCUUCCUCGAGUACUCGUCCUCCGACUCCGAGCACGUCGACCCGAAGCACGUCGACAUCAACGUCGGGUUUGGGAAAAGAAGCCAUCUCGGAUGUGUCACCGAAUUCGACGGCUUAGGCGGGGAGCUGAGCCACGCCCUGCGGGACGCCCUCGACGCCCAGAUCCACAUGGACGACGACGAGCACUUCACCAUGGAUUCUGAACACGGCAUCAACCUCCUAAAGGUAGCAGUGCACGAAAUCGGACACAUCCUAGGGUUGGGCCACGAACUACGGAACUACUCCAUCAUGUACGCCAUCUACGAGAAGAUGCUCCCAAACAAGGGCCUGGAAAUCGGGUGGGAGGAUCGAAAGCUGAUCCAGAGAAUCUACGGGAGUUGCAUCGGACGUUUCAACACGGCCCUGGAUCUACUGAGGUGGCGUCCCGACGGAUCGCUCUCUUACAACACCUACUUCUUCAGGGACGAACACGUUUGGAUGUACGAGAACAGGUACAAUAGAACGCGCUUUGGCGAUCCCCAAUACAUCGAAAAUGACUGGCGUGGCCUCCCAAACGGCAUAGACGCUUACACACACAUCUGGACGGCAACUCGUGAUGUUCAUUUGUUUUUCAAAGGAGAAUUCUACUACGUGUUUGACCCUGCAACAAGCAGCGUCACAGCAGGCUACCCUAGGCGGAUCGCUCAGGACUUCCACGGGCCCCCAACUACCAAGAACCGUAACCCAAAAGCCAUCCCGAACAACAUAGACACCGUCUACUUCGACAAAAGGGACGAAAACCUCUAUUUCUUCAAGGGCAAGAAGGUUUAUGGGUAUGACGUAAGCAAGGGUUCUAGCGGAUGCUGCCUACCGGGGUAUCCAAAACUUAUCCGAAAGGAAUUUGUCCCAGCUGAUGAGGACUCAAGAAACCUUCCCAAAGAUUUGGAUGCAGCCUAUUAUUCGUACACCGACCAGACUGUCUUCUUUAUCAAGGACAGACUCUUCUGGGAAUUAGUGAGCUUCCACCCAAAUGACAAGAACCGCACGAACAAAGUAGUGGGUCCGUUUUACGUACAUCAAAAGUGGUAUGACAUAUGUGACACAACACUCGAUUCAUAUAACGCCUACAAGAUUUUAUAAGUGUUUCUUUAAAUAUCUUUUAACAAUGGACCCAAAACGAUACGUCCCGUAAACCUACGGAGACUGAGAAACCAAUGUUUUGAUUAGUAUUAAGUUCCUGUUAACCAAAAAGAAAUUUUAUUAAGAGACCCUUUAAUCUUUUUUGACUUGAGUAGGUAUGCUUGCACCACUCAUAGAUAGAACACAGUAGUAAUAACAUUAGAAUUAUUAUGCAGCUGCAGUUUUGUUCCAUUAACCGUUCAUUCCGCUUAGGCACUAAGAAGACCACAAUGGUAUUUCUAAUUUGAAAGAUACAGAUGACCAGUUACUUAUCAGAAAACUGAACACAAUGGGCGUUCUUUGUUUUUGCGAGGAAGUAACAAAUAGUACUCUCUCUGCUUUAGAACAAUCCUUCAGCACUAUAUACUGGACUGCGUUCCCCUGGGUAUAUUCAAGGCAGAAGCCACCAUUGUUAUAACCAACGGAACACGAAAUUUACAGCUCUAUUUGUCUUAGUAGUGGGCAAAUAUCAUCUUUGCGAGUUCUGUUGAAAACACCCAUCUGUAGCCAGGAAGAUUGUAUGAAUAUAGCGCUUUCUUACAACGCAAUUCAGGGAAAUAAUAGUAUCCUGCAUAAUAUCAACUGCAAUAAUGUUAGUGAUAUUAUUACUAAGAAAAUGAAAGACCAAACUCCAUGAAGAUAAUUUUUGACAAUCAGGUAACUAAAAAACAAUAUCGUUUUUAAACACGCAGAGUAUGAACCGCUAGGCCCAUAUUAUCUAUCUCUGUUAUUAUAGUAAUCAAACGAAGCUAAAAUCUCUGGUUACUUGUAACUGGCUUCGACAGUGAUAAAUAGUACUAAUACUUUAGUCGUUUUGAUGAAGCGGUAUUUGUUUAAUAUAUAAACCAUAGUUCCUACACAGAACAGAAUGAUCUGCUGACGAGUUUUAAGAACAUAACAUCGAGUUAAGUUCCUUAAUACAGUAUACAAUGUCUUCCGUUCUUAAACUGAAUAGGACCUAAAAUGACUGUCGUGUAGUGUUUAUUGUGUUGUCCAAAGACACUCCUAUGCAAGAGAAUAUGACUGCAUAACCCAUCAAAAAUACUAAACAUUUUCUCCUGUCGUAACAACACAAACCCAAGAUUUGAUCAUUGUAUACUGUAAAAAAAAAAAAAAAAAAAAAAAAAAAAAAAAAAAAAAAAAAAAAAAAAAAAAUAGUGUAUAGAAUAUUCUACCUAAGAUAACCAUACUAACUCGUUUUGACGGAAUGUUCGCACCCAAGAGUAGAUAAGAAUUGACGAGAAGAACCUAUUUAGUGACCCUGUACCUCUCCCCUUCCUGAAUCAGAGCCAAAGGUUGUUUGAGCCACAUUUGUUACGCCAAAGUAGCAGAUAUAUACCAAAGUAGCUGAUAUACCAUAAUGAUGCAUAUUCCUGCUGUAUAAUUCACACAGCGCUUUUUUUAUAUAAAAUAACACAAAAGGCAUUCAUGGGCAUGGUCGCAACCUUAAACUGUAUGUAGGCCUUCUCCAUGUGCAUACGCACAUCCUGUAUUAGCCUAGCCUACCUGUGAUUGUAAAAUCUCAAUUAAAUAGCUAUUCUCCCUUCCUGGUUAAUUAGAAGUCUUGUGUCCCCACCCCCCUUGCUGUCCCCCAGACAUGAAGUGACCUCUCAAACUACUUGUUCUGGAGACUUAAAUAAUGUUGUAUCUUAAUUGAAGAUCCACUUUAUCAAAAUCAUAGUAUAGUAUUGUAUAUGUCAAAUUUCAACUAUAUUGGGUGACCCUCCUCUAAUCUGUGAUAUUAAGAGCUAAUUGCAUCUUUGGCAUGUGUCAAACUUUAACCAACCCUCUUGUACUCGUUAUAUUAAAAUCUUUCCUAAGGACAACUUUAGUUUGGAAUAUUUUGAGUUUGUGUAAUUCAACACAAUUCUAACGCAAUGAUACGUCAAUUCUUUCUGAGAGAAAAUCGCCAUCAGAAGGAUCUUACCGCGACAAGAGGAUCUAUAUUUCUCUACUUUCUUGUAUACAUAUUCUUCAGUGACCUUGGAUGAACUAUUUACAGCACGAGUGACUCAAGAAAAUUGUUUUGUCACCUAAUUCUGCUCUCAUUACUACUCUAACUGUAUUGUAGUAUAUACAAUAUGGUAGAAGUCUAUUAGGAAGUAUUUCAUAAACUGUGUCCGCCUUAGCAAUUUUUGGGUAACUCUCUCCAAGCACAUUUUCACUUGAUAGCUCCCAAUGCAUACCAAAUGUGGACACAGACAGACAUCUAUCCAAGUCUUAAGAAUUUUAAACAAGGAACAAACGACUACUAGGUGUUAUAUUUGGCCCGUGUAGGGUGAACAAAAUUUUGGGUAAUUUAGGCCCUUUAGGGAUUUAUAUGGCAGCGACUGUUCUGCUUAGGGAAUUCAGUGGCUUCUGUUAAUUAUUUCAUUCACCUUCACGUGAUAGAUAUAAUCACAUCUUAUGUACUGUCUCUAGGUAAUCCACUUCCAGGUUUGUUUGACAUCUAAUGACAGUAUAAGGUAUCAUUAAAUUAGAUAAAAUAUCAUUUUCGUGUAAUUUUUCGUUGUAAUUUAAAAGGCGUGGUCAUGAUGCCAAGGCACGGGACAUCCGAUCAUAUUACAUAAAGAUUUUCUGACUAACUAUGCGAAGAAAAUAUGAAAACAUCAUUAGACUUUUAAGCAAGUGAUUUCUACAACAGUCCUAAGUCUAGAAAUUUUCUGUAAAACGGAUGAUACAACUUAAAAUUCAUCUCAUCUCAUUCAGUCAUGACUCAUGAGAGCCGAGUUUAUCUUUCAUUGACACAUGACUAGAUCAUCAUCCUAGGUUUAAACCUCUUGUACCUUUUUCUAACCUGCUAACUUCCAUUAAAUAGGCUCUUUGAAUUUGUUCACUUAACACAUAGUUUUGAUAAGCAAGAAUUUGAGAUUAUUUAUUCGUAGUAAUAAAUCACUUACUAAUACUUCUUAAUUAGAUGCAGAAGUACUCAUCUGACUCUUGGUCCAUACACCGAGAUAAUUGAAGUUAUUCAUGUGUAAAUAAAAUUUCAGAUUUAA